AUGGCUGGCGAUGAUGUGCUAGCCGAGCUGGGCUUGGACUCCGACCUCUCCGACGAUUCCGGCACCAGCGACUCUUUGGAUGUGGAAGCUUUGCUUCCAGCUUCUGGCCCUACCUCCCCCGAGAACAAGACAUCAACAGGUGUGCCGACCUUUGCAGAAGAGCCCAAGGGGCAGACUGCAGCCGCACCGGCAGCCGUGGCACCCGACCUCGCACUCCUGGAGAGCAGCGAUGCAGCGAGUUCCAGCCUCGAUGGCGAGUCCAACUUGGAUGUGGAGGCGCUUCUGGAGACAUCCUCGCCCGAACUGAGGGCGGCCGAGCAGCGUUUGGAAGAAGAUGCUCCGAUCGCCGUCGGCGAGAGGCGCAGCAGCUCGAGCUCAGCGCUGGAAGAGCACCAAAGUGUGCCCAUGGCUCCCAGAGGCUCUGGCUUGCUCUUCGAGCAGGACUCAGCCUCGGCGCGCGAAGCAGCGCUGCCGGUAGCUUCUGCCCAUCGGGAGAUUCACAUCGCCGAGGUGGAGACGCAACCAGCCUUGCACUCAGCCAUGCCGGUCGAAAAAGGAUCUGCUGUGGUUGGGGAGGCGACGGCACCAACGCCGUCGGCGGAACCCGUUCGGGCUGCCAGCGAUGGAAGCUCGGCACGGGGGUCAGUGGCCCAGGAGGUUCACCGCCUGGAGCAGGUCAUCCGCUCGCGCUCUACAAGCCCAGCACAAAUGGUCGUCCAUCAGCCACGCCUUCCUUCUGUUCAAACACAGGCCUGCACGCCUGAUGCAUCGCCAACACGGCGGUCCCAGGGGCGCACGCCUGACGCAUCGCCAACACGGCGGGCCCAGGUCAAAGUGGCUGAGGAACCGCUUCAGUUGCAGCCGGAAGUCCUGAAGGAGGAGCUGGCGGCUCGGGAGGAUCGGGAAGUCUCGCAGCUGUCGCCCGAUUCGGCGCAGGAGCGAUUGAAGCGAGUUGAGAAGGCCAAUCAGGAGGCUGAGGAUCUCUUGCAGGAGCAGCUCAGCGUGGAGAUUUCCUGCGAGGUGGCCAGAAACCUUGGCUCUCUGAAGGCGCAGCCGAAGAUCUUUCUGGCUCAGGUGGCCGAACUUCGCCUGCGAUGCAACUUGCACAAAGCAGCCUGCGAGCGCCAUGCGGAGCUGCUUGCGAAUGCGCAGGCGGCAGCCUCCUCGCCGGUUUCACCGGCCAAGCCAACAGAUGUGGAGGACCUUGAGGACAGGCUCUCAAAGGCUCAGAGGUGCCCUGAAGCCCUCCAGCAACUGGCAUCGGACCUGCGGACGCGUUGUCUCGAGAAGGAAGCCAUCCUCCGCGUAAAGCUGGAGCAUGAUGCUCGACAGCUACGGAGUCAAAUUUUCGCCAGCAUCGCUGCGCGCGCGAAGGCUGAAGCGAGAUUGGCACAGGACUCACGACUCACGAUGAUGGUCACGAUUAUGAAGAUGAACGAAGGCAAGAGCCGCGAGCAAAAGCCCCUCGGCGUCAGCAAAGACACCCAAACUUCCCAAGAGCGCGCGCCACACCCAUAUCCGAAGCUACGCCCGCGAGCGAAGGUCCGGGAGAGUCGGCCCGAAAUGCGUCGUUGCUCCGGCGAGGUCUCCGGCGUGACUUUGGAUUUCCGCACGCCGGAGGAAGCGAAGCUGGAAGAGCAGGAGGCCCAGCGGGUCGAACGCUUCUUCGACGUGGACCAUCUGCCCGAGGAUGACUACCUGCGGGAGUGGUCCUGCAAAGAGCAGGCGCUAACGGGCAUCCUCGAGAAGUUGAUGCGGUCCAGGACGGUUCAGGAUGCGCUCAGCCCGGCUUUUGCCAGAUCCGAGAUGAGCCAAGGUCACUUUAUUCCCGGCGCCUCUGCAGCAGAGGGGGAAAACAACGAGGACGCUCUGGAGUUUUCCUAUGUCGUUCCACCUUCUGAGGUCCCGCGGCUGAACUCCCUGGAAUUGGAUCUUGCCUCCGAAGGCUACCGGCCCUGGAACGCCCGGCUGAUUUUAGCGCACUCUUCCGGGAGUUUAGCCCUGGUAACCACAACCUUCCAGCAUGUGCCGCCCGCCAAGGGACGCGGUGAGCUGUGGACAUGCACAGCGCUUCGGGCGGAGCUGAUCGCAACCCAGGGGGGCGCCGUGGCUUCUGAUCCCAUCUGUGAGCUUCAGGGUCCUUUGCCGCAUGGAGUCCGCUACAUGCGCCUUUGA